CUACUACAUCGAUUCCAUCAGCGCACGCCCACACAACCAUCGAUACGCCUGAUCUUCAUCAUAUUUCCAAUCAGCUAACCUCCGCGAUCCAUCUGGAGUGCCCAAACGCUUGUGCAGCGCCCUCAACAGCCCCUGAGCACGCUCGCGCUCUCUACCGCGGCCGCCAGCUCUCCGCCAGCUCUCCGCAAGCAUCACGCGCUUUCGGCCCGCCAACACGUCCUUGAGCGCGACAACCACGACGACACAUCCAGCCAUUGCGCGCACCCAAUCCCCCCACCAACCGCCAACAUGGCGACAAUACAGCCCAAUGACACGAACAUGGCCAACGCCGGCACCCUCCCCUUCUCCAGCAUCCCCGACCUCGACCCUCCGCUCGCACUGAAGAAGCCCACCGCCCCACGCACACCGCGCAUCGACGUCGAACCGCUGUACUCGGCCGUAAAAGGCGCAACCAGCGAUGUAGACUGGACUACAUACAAGACCAGCCUCACACAAUUCCUCCUGGGCAACCUCAAUCAGGAAGAGUUGAGCUUCAAGCUGGGCAAGAUCCUCAACACUGCCGUUCUAGAACACGCACACAACACAUUAGUCGCAGCCAUCUACGCAAAUAUAUGGCGCGAUGCGCCCGAGGCAGGGAUUGCGAGUUGGGUGUCGAGCACGGAUAAGCCCUCCAGUAGCACAGUCAAAGGGCAAGGGGAUGAGAGUGAGAAGAGACUGAAGUAUGAAGUCAUGCAACUGUCGAGACGCGAGAGGAAGAGGUUGAAGACUAUACCUGCUGCCGAGGCUGCGGUCGUAGACGGACAGGACGGGUUAGGCGCGGGGACAGGCGCAAUGGGCCCGGUGAACGAGUUAGUUGAGAUGAAGAGGGGAAAACAGCCUGAGAUUGGUCCUGUUGGAACAGCCGGCGGCUACAAAACCAACUGGGAUCUCGAGAUCCGCAAACGCUACACCGCCCCCCUCUUCAGCGAAACCCACGAGUUCCCCACAUCCUCCUCCAUCUCCGCCCGCCUGCUGCCCAGCUGCUACGAAUUCGGUCUCCCCCAAGGCCACACGCCCGACUGUCCCGACCUCAUGAACCUCGCGACCGAGACCUACAUCAAAGAAGCGCUAGCUUCCUUCCUCGGCAAGGUCGCCGUGAAUGGGAACGGGUACGUGCGGACGGGUGCGUUUAAGAAGAGAGUUGAGCGGGAGGAACGGGCGGCGGAAAGGGGCGAGAUGGUGCGGGAUGCGAAGGGGGAGUUGCCUGUUGAGCAGGAAGAACGACGAAAACGGAAACUGCUAUGCAUGGAGGACCUGCGUUUGGCGCUACAACUCGGUGAUGGAUAUCUUGGGCAAACACCCAUCAUUGCUGGCAACAUCACGAACUCGACAUUCCUCGAUGUGCCAGGGAUAGAGGACAUCUACCCUUCCCCACAGAAGAAGAAGACGGAGAGAACGAACGGGAUUAUCAACGGUAUUGGGCAGGACAAGAGCGGUUUGGCGAAGUGGCUUGAUGAGGGCAUCACGGUGGAAUUCAAAUCCGAUGGGGAAUGGGAGAAGAUGCAGGUCGACGGGGAUGAUGAGAUGGCGAACUGGAAUGGAGGGAGUGUGGGGGAUGUUGGCGAGCUGGAUGGCGCGUUGGACGAUGUGCUGAACUUAGGGGACCUGUAGCUGCCGCAGGCGCUGCGAGGGGGUUGAGGUUGUUUUGGGCGUCUCGGUCUUGGGACCACUUUUGUGGUAUUGCAUGGGAGGUGUUUAGCAUUUUGUUUCUACGAGGCGUUUGGGUGGGUUGGGACGAUACCCUUGGGAUGGGGGCUGUGGCGUUAUUUUGACUACGGACUUGAGCAUGGAGGGCUGUCAGAGCCCGAUUGACAAAUUCGGAGAUGGUACACUGUGAGAAGUCCGUUGAUACGUUGUUCGAUGGAAAGGAAUGAAUGGUCAAUAAUAGUGUCCUUGUGCCUUACAUCUAGGUAUCAGAUAAUGGU